CCAGUAGAACCAUCAGCCACCGCCGUGAGCUACCGCAACCGCAUCAGUACACGUUCACACAACAGCUCGCGACAUUGCUACGUUGCGCGUGCGAGGCGCGCCUUUCUAAACGCAACAUUAUUGCUUAAGCAACAACAGUAUAAUAGUAUUUUUUUUUAUUUACAUUACACACACACACCAUAGGCGUACUUUUUUAUUAUCACUAACAGUGCUCAGUACCUAACCAAUACAUAAUAUAUUUUAUAUUGUAACUUACCCGUACAUUGAAGUGCUUACGAUUACAUUAUUAUUUUUGCCGUACUUGGAAACAGCAUAUUUUUUGGAGUUUUUUCGAAUAAAACCAUAACAUCGAAAGUGCCAUAAACACAAACGUCCGCUACACAAUCUCUGAUCACAAAAAUCUGCAAAACGUUAUCGUCUCAAUAUUGAUAUUGUACGAAUAUUGUUGCAAUAUGUCUAAGGUCUCAAACUACAUAAACGCGUUGAAUGGCAACGUGAGUCUCACCGCCGACGAAGAGCUCAAGGAACACUUUUCCAAGUUUGACAAAAAUCAUGACGGAUCAAUAGAUUUGUCAGAACUGCAAGAGGCUUUAGAACUUUGUGGUUUUAAACUACCCGCAUGGAAGGUUCGAAAAAUGAUUGAAGAUUAUGGCAAUAAAAAUCAGCAAACUAAAGGAAAACUCUCGUUUUCUGAAUUUAAAAAGCUUUGUUCAGAUCUUAAGGCUGGAGAAGUUGCUAGUUCAUUUAAGCAAGUUGUGUCGAAAAAAGAAAACUUGGAAACAUUAGGUGGUAUGUCCGACGCCUCAAGUGAAGGAACAACACAUUCGGUACGUUUAGAAGAACAACUUGCAUUCUCCGAUUGGAUCAAUAGCAAUUUAAGACAAGACAUUGACUUAAAGCACUUGCUUCCUAUUGAAAGUGAAGGCAAAAAUCUCUACGAUAAAGUCAAAGACGGAAUAUUACUUUGUAAAAUUAUCAAUCAUUCCUGUCCCGAUACAAUUGAUGAACGAGCAAUCAACAAGGAAACUAAAAAAAGCAAUCUAACGGUGUAUAAAAAAUUGGAAAACUUGACUUUGGCCUUAGUAUCCAGUCAAGCUAUCGGAUGUAAUAUCGUCAACAUUGAUGCACAUGAUCUCGCCAAAGGAAAACCACAUUUAGUUCUUGGUCUGUUAUGGCAAAUCAUUCGAAUAGGGUUGUUUAAUCAAAUUACCCUUGAAAACUGUCCUGGACUUGCUACGUUAUUACAAGAUGGCGAAAGAAUUGAAGAACUUAUUAAGCUAUCACCCGAAGCAAUACUGUUACGAUGGGUGAAUUAUCACUUGAAUCGUGCUGGCGUUUCCAGGCAAUGUCAUAAUUUCCAAAAUGAUAUAACCGACUCGGAAAUUUACACUUAUCUUAUGAAACAAAUAGCUCCACAAGGCUCUGAUGUAGAUAUGACUGCGUUAAUGGAACCCGACGUAAACCAAAGAGCGGAAAUUAUGCUACAACAAGCGGCCAAGUUGGGAUGUCGUAGUUUUGUAACUGCUUCGGACGUCGUCAAUGGCGUUUACAAGUUGAAUUUGGCUUUUGUAGCCAACUUGUUUAACAAUCAUCCUGGCUUGGACAAACCUGAAGGAGAAAUUGAAGGGCUGGAAAACAUUGAGGAGACAAGAGAAGAAAAAACGUAUAGAAAUUGGAUGAACUCAAUGGGUGUAGCACCGCACGUGAAUUGGUUGUACUCAGAUUUAGCUGAUGGUCUUGUCAUAUUCCAGUUGUACGACAUCAUUAAACCGGGAAUUGUCAAUUGGUCCAAAGUACAUAGGAAGUUCUCAAAACUACGAAUGUUUAUGGAAAAAUUAGAAAACUGCAAUUAUGCCGUUGAAUUGGGUCGCCAAUUAGGUUUUUCAUUGGUGGGUAUUGCCGGGCAAGACUUAAAUGACGGAAACGCAACACUAACACUUGCUUUGAUUUGGCAACUGAUGCGGGCAUACACGCUUUCGGUACUUACUCAACUGGCUAACACUGGAAGUCCGAUUGUCGAAAAAGAAAUUGUGACGUGGGUCAAUAACAAGUUGUCAGGUGCCAACAAACAAACAACGCUAAAAGGAUUCCAAGACCAAGGUUUGUCUGACGGUCGAAUUGUUAUCGACUUGAUCGACUCCAUAAAGCCGGGCACGAUUAACUACGAUGUAGUUAAAGACGGCGGUGAACAAGAGGAUAAAUUGGCAAACGCCAAGUACGCCAUUUCGAUGGCCAGGAAAACUGGUGCGAGAGUAUAUGCUUUACCAGAAGAUAUAACGGAAGUAAAGCCGAAAAUGGUGAUGACACUUUUUGCCUGUCUUAUGGCUAUUGACUAUGUGCCUUAUAUGGGCGUGAAAUCAGAGUCGUAAACAAAUGAAUUUUCUACAACGCAUACAAUAAGGAAUAGUUUCUGUUCAUAAUUUAUUGGCAUUUUAUUUUUGUAACACAUCAUCGAUUGACAGAUUUUUUAUUAUUAUUAUUAUUAAUAAUAUUUGUACAAACUAUUAUUUUUGUUUUAAACGAAUUUUUUUUUUUAUAAAAUAUUUUGAAAUUCAGCUGCAUUUUGAGUUACGAACGUGUUGGCUGUGGAUAAAUUUAUUAAACUUGUGUACAAUUUUUUUAUUUUUAUUAUUAUAUUGUUUAUUGAUUUUUUUUU